AUGACUGAAGACACUGGAAGUGACUACUACGAGUACUCAGACUGGUAUGAAAAUGCACUGCCUACCAAGCCCCCUGUCGAAAUCGUUCCACCGUGUGACCCAACUGCUGAUGACAGACUAUACCACAUAUGCAUCGCUGCAAUAUCACUUGUCAUCAUGCUGGUUCUGGCUGUCCUUGCCAGACGACAGAAAAUGGGUGACAGUCAGAAGGGAGCUCUUGGUUUACUCAGCCCUGUAAAUUUCCUGGAUCAUACUCAGCACAAAGGCCUAGCAGUAGCUGUGUUUGGGGUACUUUUCUGCAAACUCUUUGGAUUGGUCAUGUCCCCUAACCCACUUCCCUUCACUAAGGAUACACACCACAGAGAGACUUGGCUGAUCCUAUCCCUGUUCUACUACCCCGCUCUAUACUACCCCCUGCUGGCCUGUGGCACCCUUCAUAACCAGGUGGGCUAUGUCCUGGGAAGCCUGUUGUCAUGGACACAUUUUGGGAUACUCGUAUGGCAGAAGGUUGACUGCCCCAAGACCCCUCAGAUCUAUAAGUACUACUCUCUGUUUACCAGUCUGCCUCAAAUCGCUUGCUUGGCCUUCCUCAGUUUCCAGUAUCCAUUGCUUCUCUUCAAGGGUUUGAAGAGCACAGAGAAAUCCAAUACCACUGAGGACCUGAAAAGCAGCUAUUACAAAGACUAUGUGAAGAAAAUCCUGAAGAAGACAAAGCCGUCCAAAGCCAGUUCAACUUCUUCCAAGCCCAAUUUGUCUGAGAGAAUUUCUGAUGCUGUGAAGUCUUAUAUUUACACACCAGAGGAAGUUUUCAGGUUUCCAUUGAAAUUGGCCAUUUCUCUGGUCGUGGCAUUUAUCGCUCUUUACCAGAUGGCACUUUUGCUGGUCACUGGGGUUGUGCCAACUCUGCAGAUUGCCCGUCGAGGAGUGGAUGAGGACAUAGCCUUUCUUUUAGCUGGCUUCAACAUUAUUCUGUCUGAUGAUCGACAAGAGGUGGUCAGGAUUGUGGUAUACUACAUGUGGUGUGUGGAGGUGUGCUACGUCUCAGCAAUGACCCUGUCCUGCUUGGUCAACCUUGCCAUGUUAAUGAGGUCUAUGGUCUUGCAUAGGUCCAAUCUGAAGGGGCUGUAUAGAGGUGACAUCUACAAUGUGUAUAACUGUCAGAGGAGCAUAAGGCCAUCUCGUCCAGCCCUGGUCUGCUGGAUGGGCUUCACCAGCUACCAGGCUGCAUUCAUCUGUCUGAGCAUGAUCAUUCAGACUCUGGUGUUCUUCAUCUGCAUUCUGUUUGCCGUGUUCCUCGUUCUCAUCCCCAUCUUCCACGGCAAGAACCUCAUCCUCUUCAAAAUCAUUGGCAGCAUGUGGCCCUUUUGGCUGAUGCUGAUUUUGGCUGUGCUCGUUCAGCACUUGACUGCCAGAUUCUUGUUCAUUAAAAAGGAUGCUGGGACACGAGACUUGAAUAACAGAGGCAGCCUCUUCCUGCUCACAUACCUACUCUUCCCAGUCAAUGUUCUGCUGGGUGUGCUGCUGGGAAUUUGGAGGAUGGUAAUCACAGCCCUCUUCAACAUCGUCCACUUUGGUCGGAUGGACAUCAGCCUCAUGAACCGCAAUGUGGAGCCGUUCGACCCAGGUUACCGCUGCUAUGCUCAUUACCUGAAGAUUGAGGUUAGCCAGUCGCAUCCAGUCAUGAAGGCCUUCUGUGGACUGCUACUGCAGAGUAUCACCCAAGACAGCAGCUCUGGACAGAGGAUCCGCGACAUUGAGGAAGGAAUCCAGUUGGUUCAGCAGGAGAAGAAACAAAACAAAGUGUCCAACGCCAAACGUGCACGGGGACACUGGCAGCUCCUCUACACCUUGGUGAACAACCCAUCUCUUGUGGGCUCCAGGAAGCACUUCCAGCGCCAGAGUUCCGAAAGCUUCCUGAAUGGGACCCUCAACCGGUCCACUAAAGAGGGGAGCAAAAAAGAAGCUAGUGUGAAGGAGUCCAGCAUUAAGGAGGCCAGUAAAGAGGCAGAGAGCGGUGCCUCCAAUUGAGAACUGACAGUAAGACCAUGGAGAAAGAGGCCC